AUGGACGAAAGGAGUGAGGAUGAGGACAGAGAUGCACUGGCAGGGUUAAGCUCCGCUCCUGCUCCGCCCCGGAAAUCGCACUCAUUGAGCCAGCAACUGCGUGGAACCACAGCUCAGAAACGGCACCAACUACGCAAGCAUAGCCUCGAUGACGUGCAGGUACCCAAGAACGUUGUUAAUGCCGACCCCUACUACGAUUCUUCGGACGAUGAUUUCUUUCCUUACUCCUCCAACACCACCACUUCGUCAUCCAACGUUCCCAUGAGUGCUGAGGAGUACGUCUCCUCCUCGCAGAGAUUAGACCAAGGCCUGUGCAUGGAGGGUGGUAUCGAUCAUCAUGAUGCCGGCAGCGCCAAGGAAAGCCAGCCAUUACCUGAAUUCAUAGGGAGUGGCGGUGGAACAGGAAUCUUUAAGUUUCCAACGCGAGCUGCAGUGCAUCCAGGUAGGCCUCCAUGUUUGGAGUUGAGACCACACCCUUUGAGGGAAACUCAGGUAGGGAGGUUCCUUAGAACCAUUGCGUGCACCGAGACACAACUGUGGGCUGGUCAGGAGGGUGGAGUCAGGGUCUGGAAUCUUAAGGAUGUAUUUGAACCCGGGUGCGGUCUUGGAGGCAGGGUCCUGAGGGGUGAUGAAGAUGCAGCGCCUUACUAUGAAUCUGCAAAUACCUCUCCUGCCAUGUCUUUGAUGGUUGAUGUGGGGAAUAAGUUGAUUUGGUCUGGGCAUAAGGAUGGAAAGAUUAGAUCGUGGAAGAUGGAUCAGCCUUUGGACGCUUCUACUCCUUUUAAGGAAGGGCUUUCAUGGCAGGCGCACCGCGGUCCUGUUCUUGCCAUGGUUAUGACUUCUUAUGGUGAUAUGUGGUCAGGUUCUGAGGGUGGUGUUAUUAAGAUCUGGCCAUGGGAAUCCCUUGAAAAAUCUCUUUCUUUGAAGCCGGAGGAAAGACACAUGGCAGCUUUACUGGUGGAGAGGUCAUGCAUUGACCUCAGGAGCCAGGUUACUGUAAAUGGUGUUUGCAGUAUAUCUUCUCAGGAUGUGAAGGGUUUGUUAUCUGAUUAUUUUAGAGCAAAAGUUUGGUGUACUGGGUCCAUGUCUUUCUCAUUGUGGGAUGCUCGUACACGAGAGCUUGUAAAAGUGUUUAAUAUAGAAGGUCAGAUUGAGAAUAGAGUUGACAUGUCGUCAGUGCAGCAAGAACAAGCAUCAAUGGAAGAUGAGAUGAAGGUGAAAUUCGUUUCAAAUAAGAAGGAUAAACCGCAUGGCUUCUUGCAACGGUCACGCAAUGCUAUAAUGGGAGCGGCAGAUGCUGUUCGCCGAGUUGCAACCAGAGGGGCAGGGGCAUUUGUAGAAGAAACCAAGAAAACGGAAGCACUGGUGCUAACUGCAGAUGGCAUGAUAUGGAGCGGAUGUACAAAUGGUUUGUUGAUACAGUGGGAUGGGAAUGGAAACCGUGUUCGAGAUUUUAAUCACUUCUCUUCGGCUGUCCAGUGCUUUUGCACUUUUGGGGCACGUAUAUAUGUAGGAUAUGUGAGUGGUCACAUUCAGGUCUUGGAUCUUGAGGGAAAUCUGAUUGCAGGAUGGGUUGCACACAGUUGUCCAGUCAUAAAAUUGGCAAGUGGAACUGGUUGUAUCUAUAGCUUGGCUACUCAUGGUGGUAUACGUGAAUGGAAUAUCAAAUCUCCAGGACCUACUGAUGACAUAGUACGUUCUGAAUUGGCUGCCAAGGAAAGUUCAUACACUAGAAGAGACAAUGUCAGAAUUUUAAUUGGCACAUGGAAUGUUGGUCAAGGAAGAGCAUCUCAUGAGUCCCUCAUGUCAUGGUUGGGUUCUGCUGUGCCAGACGUUGGUAUUGUAGUUGUUGGGUUGCAAGAAGUAGAAAUGGGUGCAGGUUUUCUUGCAAUGUCUGCGGCGAAAGAAACUGUAGGGCUUGAAGGGAGUUCUGUCGGGAACUGGUGGCUGGAUAAUAUAGGAAAGGCUUUAGAAGAAGGAAAAACUUUUGAACGUAUGGGUUCUAGGCAGCUAGCAGGCUUGCUCAUAUCUCUUUGGGUAAGAAAGAACCUUAGAACCCACGUCGGAGAUAUAGAUGCUGGAGCAGUUCCAUGCGGCUUUGGUCGAGCCAUUGGUAACAAGGGAGGUGUGGGUUUGAGAAUCAGAGUCUAUGAUCGGAUAAUGUGCUUUGUGAACUGUCACUUGGCUGCACACUUGGAAGCUGUCAAUCGCCGCAAUGCUGAUUUUGAUCACAUUUAUCGAAAUAUGGUCUUCAAUCGAUCAUCUCUACUUAACACAGCAGCUGCAGGUGUGUCUACUACUGUCAACACAGUUCGGACUACAAAUGCUGCAGGCAAUAACUCUGAAGAAGCAGCAAGACCUGAAUUAGCCGAAGCUGAUGUGGUUGUUUUUCUGGGUGAUUUCAAUUACCGACUGUUUGGUAUAUCUUAUGAUGAAGCAAGGGACUUUGUUUCCCAAAGAUGCUUUGACUGGCUCAGAGAAAAAGAUCAGCUUAGAGCAGAGAUGAAAGCAGGGAAAGUAUUCCAAGGGAUGCGUGAGGCACUCAUCAGAUUCCCUCCAACUUACAAGUUUGAAAGACACCAAGCAGGUUUAGCAGGAUAUGACGCUGGUGAGAAGAAACGAAUUCCUGCCUGGUGUGACAGAAUAAUAUAUCGUGAUAAUCGGUCAGUUCAAGUGUCCGAGUGCAGUUUAGAGUGCCCUGUCGUCUCAGCAAUUUUACAGUAUGAUGCAUGCAUGGAUGUAACUGACAGUGAUCACAAACCCGUCCGGUGUAAAUUAACUGUACAAAUUGCCCAUGUUGAUAGAUCGGUAAGAAGAAUGGAGUUUGGGGAAAUCAUUAGAUCCAAUGAGAAAAUCAGGUCUAUUCUUGAAGAACUUAAUUAUGUUCCUGAAACUACUGUGAACACAAACAACAUAAUCCUCCAAAGUCAGGAUACAUCCAUACUGCGUAUCACCAAUAAAUGUAUGAAGGAUGUGGCCAUUUUUAAAAUCAUUUGUGAAGGUCAGUCCACUGUCAAGGAGGACGGAGAAGAGGCCGAUUAUCGCCCAAGAGGUGCGAACGGACUUCCCAGAUGGCUUGAGGUCACACCAGCAGCUGGCAUGAUUAAACCUGAUCAAUCUGCGGAAGUGUCGGUUCAUCAUGAAGAGUUCCAUACUUUAGAAGAAUUUGUUGAUGGCAUCCCUCAGAAUUGGUGGUGUGAAGACACUCGCGAUAAGGAAGUGAUUUUGCAGGUGAAUGUCCAAGGUAGCUGCUCAGCGCAAACGUACACUCACCGAAUCCGUGUCAGGCAUUGCUUCUCAGCCAAGACAGUACCUCGCAUUGACAUUAAAUCCAACAGCUCUAGAAGAGGCCAGGGAAGUCCAGUUCACAAGCAACCUGCUAACAGUUCAAGUGAAACUAACAUAAAAAAUCAUUGA